GUUUAGAUACAAGGUGGGAAUUGCUAAUAAGUCUGAACGGUGUGAUGUGUGUGUGUGUGUGUUCACAGCCGAGUAAUAUUAGCCACUUUACUGCAGCUUCCAUCAGCAUUCUAACAUUUCGCCUCUCUUCUCUCCACUUCAUACAUCAACAGUUAGACUUCCUGGCGUGUGAUCAUGACAUAAAAUUCAGUAACUGGCAAGGCGCAAAGUUAAACUGGCUAGCCAUGAAAAUUUUCGGCACGCCCUUACACUAAUACGACUUUCCAAAUACGAGAAAAGACCACCGGCAAAAUAAUAGGAACAAAUUCUACAGUCACCCCUGCUACAGAACCUGAAGUUAGGGUGAAAAGUCUUCAGUGUGAUUCCAGAAGAUGCACAGCUACCGUGGAAAACAAUUGCGUUAAAUAUAAUGGUCACAAUAUGAAAAUGCAAUUCAUUCUGAAGCCAUCGAGUGAGAAAGUCAAGAAUCCCCUCGUUGAAUACGGUGCUGUCAACUCGGGGGGAAGAGCAACGAUAGCAUUAAAAGAUCUGCUGCCCUUUACGAACUACACCGUAACCGCCAACCCUGCCAACGACGUGGGCGCCGCCACCGACCCCUCCCUCUCCAAAGAAACCUCCUUCAUCGCAAUUUCCCAAUGCUAUUGGAAUCCAAGGACUAGGGCAGAGAUCGACGCAAAAACAACCCUGCGCUUCACUUGGAACGGACUUCGCAGUAACAAUGGCAACCCUGAUUACUACACACUCACACAAUGGCAACCCUGAUUACUACACACUCACACAUUGGCAACCCUGGUUACUACACACUCACAUUCUUGGAUGGAGGAGACAAGAGCACUGUGAAAAAUGUCAUCGAUACUGAAAUCAAAUUUGCUCACCUGACUCCAGGCAAAAAGUACACGUUAGAAGUGAAGGAGUGCUUUACAACAGUGCACUGUGACAUACUGACGACACUUGAAGAAUGGACGGAACCAGAGAAGCCACGAGUGCUGGAAAAGACAGAACUCCAGACAACAACAGACACCACCAUCACCAUCCAGCUGCCCGUCCUGCAGAACCCUCCAGGAAUGCACUGGAUAUUGCUGAGGAAAUACAGCGGCGGCGGCGACGAAUAUCACACAAGGAAGCAAGACACUGAGGAGAAAGCACUGGUAACGGUUCGCACAGAAAGGGAGAAGGAAAGGAAGGAGGCGCAGGCAAGGAGGAGGAAUCGUCGUUCCGCUGAUCCAGGCCAAAACGAUCACUCGUUGCGAAUUGUGGCAAAGAUCGAGGUGGUGGAGGAAAAGGACCCCGAGGAGUUAGUGGUGGUGGGAGGCGACUGGCAUGGAGGGAAGGGUCUGGAAAGCGACACUGUCCCUACAGUGAAUACUUCUCGUGCAGGCCCCGGAUUAUGAGGACAGCGAAUCGCCCUAAAGAGCCCGCUACUUAGGGGGUGACCGUGGCCCUGUGUUCUGCUGCGCUGUUCCUCAUUUGCUUCAUUGCACCACUGGUGAUCUCUUGUUCUAACACAGGAAGCAGCUUCCGUAGAAGAGUCGUUGUAACCCAGUCAACAAGGAAGGUAAGGCAUGAAGACAGCAUCAUGCGGACCAUAACUAAGGCCAGCAUUCAGAGACCCUUUGUUCUCUCACCACAGCGACUGAGGUACUGUCAAAGAAGACUACGAUAUGUUAAGACAAGUAGAAUCUACCUGCCAGGUACUAUAUAAUGGUUUAGGGAAUAGACCUUCUGUAUUAGAUAGCUAGUAUACUCAAUAAUUUUGCUCUGUAUUGAUAUCUCCGUUUCCUUAUUCUUGAAAUAAUUAAUAAAAUGCCCAACAAGCUAUAUUCUCUGUUGUCCGUCGUAGCAAACAGUGUUGUGGUGAUUCUUUGCUCGAUGGAUUCUGUUACUACGAAACCGAGUCUUUUGUGUUGAUUCGAGUCUGUACUGGUGAUGGGCAACAAUAAACCUGGUAACUGC